AUGAGCGAUGAAAAACAGCCGCUCCUCACUGGACCGAACACCCCUAUCGACAAUACCGAGGUACAAAGCGUAGAAUUGGUCGCAAGUUCUUCAGACCGUACAUCACCCUUUAAAGAUGAAAAGUCGAAGAAAACAGAAUAUAACCCCAUAACUGAACGACUUUUGGAACAUCCUACGUCUAAUUUUGACACACUAAUCCAUCUCCUUAAAGGAAAUAUCGGGACUGGUAUUUUGGCAAUGCCUGAUGCUUUCAAAAAUGCUGGUCUAUUUCUAGGUGUAAUCGGCACUUUGUUAAUGGGAGCGAUAUGCACACAUUGUAUGCAUAUUCUAGUGGCUUGUUCUCGUGAGUUAUGUGUCCGAAACCAGAGACCUGCUAUGAGCUUUGCUGAAGUAGUCGAAGACGCUUUUGCGAUGGGACCCAUCCCUUUACGGCCAUAUGCAAAAAAAUUCAAGAAUAUGAUCGAUAUAUUCCUAGUAAUAACACAACUAGGAUUUUGCUGUGUUUAUUUCUUAUUUGUGGCUACUAACCUGGAAGACACGAUGCAUUUUUUUGGCAUAAAUCUUAGCGUUUAUACUUAUCUAGCAAUGAUAUUCAUCCCAAUGUUAGCUUUGGCUAUGGUGAAAAACUUAAAAUACUUGACUCCAGUAUCCCUAAUCGCUGCAAUUAUGACUGCUUGGGGCCUGGUGGUUACAUUCUAUUAUAUAUUGCAAGACUUACCUCAUACAAGCAGUGUCAAAGCCUUUGCAAGUUGGCAUCAGUUACCUUUAUAUUUUGGGACAGCGAUAUAUGCAUUUGAAGGCAUUGGAGUGAUUUUGCCUCUGGAGAAUAACAUGAAGACACCAGAAGCCUUUGGUGGAUGGACUGGUGUUUUGAACACUGGAAUGGUUAUCGUGGCAGCUUUGUAUACAGCUAUUGGAUUUUUUGGAUAUUUGAAGUAUGGUGAUCACGUGUCUGGAAGCAUUACACUUAAUUUACCAAAUGAUAUGUUAGCACAAAGCGUCAGGGGCGUGAUGGCUGCGGCAAUAUUCCUCUCGUACGGCCUUCAGUUCUACGUGCCAAUGAACAUCGUCUGGCCGUAUAUUAAAACUAAAUUGAGUUCUGAAAUGGCUCUUGAGUACGGCGAGGCUGUGACACGAUUCGUUCUCAUUUCCAUCACAUUUAUCGCGGCGGUGCUAAUACCCAACCUGAGCAGCAUCAUCUCUCUAGUGGGUGCAUUCAGCAGCUCCGCACUGGCACUAAUAUUCCCACCUAUAAUUGAAAUAGUAACGUUCUGGCCCGACCGACUUGGAACAAAAGGUUGGAUAUUGUGGAAAGAUCUUGCGAUUGUAGUUUUCGGCGUAACAGGUUUUGCCUUCGGUACUUACGCAAGUUUGGGGAAUAUUUUAAAAGAGUCUUAAAGAUUAUAUUAUAGUAGAGGUUAUAACAAAACCACA